AUGUGUGUCAACACAAAGAACGCAGUUUUACUCCAGACAGCUAAAGCGACAAUUUAUCGACCGGAUAAACUACAUCGUAAACAAAAGGCUAGAAUCAUCCUUGAUGGAGGGAGUCAGCGAACCUAUGUCACAGAAAGAGUUAGAAAUGAAAUGAAUUUAGUAACCUCACAUUCAGAAUCGUUGACAAUCAAGCCAUUUGGAUCAAGUGGUGGAACCACUCAGGUAUGUGACAUAGUGGACUUGUGUAUUAGUGUGGACGGAGAUGACGAUGUGAAAUUAUCAGCUAUCAUUGUACCAUUGAAGCAUGCAGUGAAGAGUUACCCACAUCUGUCAAAUUUACAGUUGGCUGAUGAUUGCGAGGGACACGCCCCGAUGGAUGUCCUAGUGGGAGCUGACCAAUAUUGGAACCUAGUGACGGGGGGAGUUGCCAGAGGUGAAUCUGGACCAGCUGCUAUUCAUACAAAGCUAGGAUGGGUCUUAUCAGGUCCAAUAAAAGAGAUGCCAGUUCAGUCUAACUCAUCCACCAUUGUUGCUACUACGCAUUUCCUGAAAUGUGAAGUUGCAGUAAACCCAGAAAAACAUAACGUUGGGACAUUAGACAAAACACUGCAACAGUUCUGGGAGUUAGAAUCACUUGGAAUUACACCUAAUGAGAGCUCAGUCUAUGAUACAUUCAACCAACGAAUUUCCUUUGACGGACAGAAGUACGAAGUUAGUUUACCAUGGAGAGAGUCACACCCGAUACUGCAUGGUAAUUAUCAAACUAGCGAGAAGAGAUUAAGUUCAUUGUUAACCCGACUUAAGAAAGAGCCCGAAAUCCUGAGAGAAUAUGACUCUGUGAUCAAAGAGCAGUUAGAGAAAGGUAUUGUUGAGCAGGUUCCAAGCAAAUAAAGUGAUGUAAUUGGCGAAGUGCAUUACCUUCCACAUCCCCCGGUAGUGCGCAAGGACAGAGAGACUACAAAGGUUAGAGAGGUCUACGAUGCAUCGUCGAAGGAGAGGGGUGGUCCAUCCUUAAAUCAAUGCUUGUAUACCGGCCCACCAUUAACUGAGAAAAUAGCAGAUAUUCUGAUGAGAUUCCGAGUACACAAGAUUGCGCUGGCGGGAGACAUCGAAAAGGCAUUCCUCGUGAUCUCAGUGGCUGAAGAAGAUCGCAACGUACUUAGAUUCUUAUGGGUUGAUGAUCCCUUGAAAGAAACUCUAAACGUGAUCGAACUGAGAUUUACUCGAGUCACCUUCGGAUUAUCUUCGAGUCCGUUUUUGUUGAAUGCAACCUUAAAGUACCAUAUCUCAGCAUACCAAAGGAAAGACCCAGAGUUUGUAGAAAGAUUGUUACAGUCAUUAUACGUGGAUGAUAUCGCAACAGGUGACGAAGAAGAAGAUGAAGCCUAUCGAUUGUACAUCAAGCUGAAGAAGAGACUAGCUGAAGGGGUAUUCAACGCCAGAACGUUUGUGUCCAAUUCGAAAGCCCUGACGGAAAGAAUAAAGGAAAAUGAAAGCAUCGGAAUACUGCAAACAAGAAGAGAAGGAAAUUCGAGAACGACACAUCCUGUAAAGAAGAAGACGAAUCCUUUGCCAAAACUAUGACCGGACCGCAAAGUUCGCAACCGACGACAGAGAAACUACUCGGAGUACAGUGGUGCACAGAAGAAGAUUGUUUUGUUUUCGACUGCAAGCAAUUUCUUGACGAGGAGCCCAAACAACACCCAACAAAGAAAGAUGUUGUUCGAGUGACGUCGAAAAUUUAUGAUCCUAUGGGAAUUAUUACGCCACUGACUGUAAAAUUGAAACUGUUUUGUCAGAGCUUAUUUAAGAAAGACAUUGGAUGGGAUGAACCGUUAGAUGAAGAGUCAUCCAAUACUUGGAAAUUGUUACAACAGGAAUUAAGAGAAGCGACGCCAAUUCAAAUACCACGGGGUUAUUUCAACGGAGUUAUAUCUGAAGAUAUCACCGCUAGUUUGGAAGGAUUCUGUGAUUCAUCAAUGAAGGCGUAUACGGCGGUUGUGUAUUUAAGGCUAGAAACAAGAGAUGGCGUCCAAUUGAACAUCGUAGCUUCAAGAACUAGAGCGCGAAGUAAUCUAUACCAAGACUUGAACUUUUGACGAACCAAUCUAUACCGAGACUUGAACUGCUAGCUUUCAGCACUAAUAUUGGCAAGAUUAAUAACGCAUGUAAAGGAAGCAUUGAAAAGAUAUAUCGAUAUUUCAUCCAUACGUUGUUGGUCGGAUUCGGAAGUUGCUCCCUACUGGAUAUGUGGCGAAACUCGUGAGUGGAAACAGUUUGUAUAAAAUAGAGUCCCAGAAAUAAGAAGUCUUGUUCCACCAGAACUGUGGAAUCACUGUGCUAGCAAGGAUAAGCCGGGUGACAUUCCGUCGCGAGGAACAUCCCCAGUAGAACUAUCAAACAGUAUGUGGUUUAGCGGACCAGAAUGGCUGAAGAUCUACGCCGAUCCGAGUGAACAAACAAGUAUGAAUGAGAGUGAACCUCCAGAGGAAUUGAUCAAGGAAGUGAAAUUAAAGAAGUCAAAGAAACCUUGA